AUGGCCGAGUUCAUUCGCACCCAGAUUUUUGGAACGACGUUUGAGAUCACGUCUAGCUCUGCCCGCGAUCAACUCACAAACCAAAAUGUCGCCAUCAAGAAGAUCAUGAAGCCGUUCAGUACGCCUGUCCUCGCCAAGCGGACCUACCGUGAGCUCAAGCUGCUCAAGCACUUACGGCACGAGAACGUCAUCUCUCUUUCCGACAUUUUUAUCUCUCCUCUUGAGGACAUCUAUUUUGUCACGGAACUUCUCGGCACAGAUUUGCACCGGCUGCUCACCUCGCGGCCACUAGAGAAGCAGUUCAUCCAGUACUUCCUCUACCAGAUCAUGCGUGGACUGAAAUAUGUCCACUCCGCCGGUGUUGUGCACCGAGAUCUCAAGCCCAGCAACAUUCUGGUGAACGAGAACUGCGACCUGAAGAUUUGCGACUUCGGCCUGGCCCGCAUCCAGGACCCCCAGAUGACCGGCUACGUCUCAACACGCUACUACAGAGCCCCCGAGAUCAUGCUCACAUGGCAAAAGUACGACGUCGAGGUCGACAUCUGGAGCGCUGGCUGCAUCUUUGCUGAGAUGCUGGAGGGUAAGCCCCUCUUCCCCGGCAAGGACCACGUCAACCAGUUCUCCAUCAUCACCGAGCUCCUGGGCACCCCCCCAGACGACGUCAUCAACACGAUUGCUAGCGAGAAUACGUUGCGGUUUGUCAAGUCUCUGCCGAAGCGGGAACGCCUGCCCCUGCGGAACAAGUUUACCAACGCCGAUGAUUCGGCCAUUGAUAUGCUCGAGCGGAUGCUGGUGUUUGACCCCAAGAAGAGAAUAACGGCUACCGAGGCCCUUGCCCACGAGUACCUGGCGCCGUACCACGACCCCACCGACGAGCCGGUCGCCGACGAGAAGUUCGACUGGAGCUUCAACGACGCCGAUCUUCCUGUCGACACGUGGAAGAUUAUGAUGUACUCGGAGAUCCUGGAUUACCACAACGUCGAACCCGACGCAGGCGCCGCUCAGGCCGAGGGCGAGUUCGUCGCUGCCCAAUAA